CAAAGCUGGACCUCUAGUUACAGAGAUACAAUUUUAACCCGAAGAAACGCUUCUGUUCCUCAGAUUCUUUGUCAUCCUUUGGAAUCUUUGCUUCUGUCCAGUCCUGCAGGAGGUUCUCCAAGUUUAAGUCCGCCUCUACUUAAGAUAACCCUCCUCCCUUGGUGAAGACUUGGAAGUCAUGUCUACAGGACCCUUUCCACCUGCAAGAGAAGAGGAACGUUCUGUUUCAGCACCCAGUUUUAGGUCCAGUCAAAGGAAGAUGUUACACCUAAUUUUGGAGAGAAAUGCUUCUUUUACCGCCCGUUCAGAUUUCCCCGGAUCUCCAGGAGACAAACUCCUUGAUUUGCCAAACCUAAGCAUUUUGUCUGGAGGAACUCCAAAACGUUGCCUUGAUCUUUCGAAUCUUAGCAAUGGAGAGCUGUCUGCUUCUCAGCUUCCUGCUUCUGCUGACUUUGAUGAAACCGGUUCCUUGGAUUCUUCAGGACCUCAGGAUGCACAGUUAACCGCGAAGAAUCAUCACCAGGACCUUAUGAAAGGCAUCCCAGUGCAGCUUCUGUGUAGUACUCCAAAUGCUUUGGACCAUGGCCACAGAAAAAAAGAUGCAAUGCGUGACCUAUCUGCAAAUAAAGAAAAUAUAAACACCAAUCUGAAGACACUGGAGUGGGAGGCACCUAGGACCCUGAGGUUUCGAAACCUGCCUGGAGAGCCCCUGGCUUCUCCCCUUCCUGUGCUGGAAAAUAGAAUCAUGGUGGAAAAUGAAAUGAGGUGUCUGGGCAGUCCCAUUACUACAGUUCCAAAACUGAGUCAAAAUCUAAAGCUAGAAGACCAAGAAGGGAUUUCAGAGGAGCCAAUGGAGUUUUCCCUGGAAGACCAAGGCACCAAGAGCUUAAGUCUAAAGAAGAUGGCCCCUCUCUGUGGCAUCAAUGCCAUUCAGAUGGAGGAGGAAGAGUCUGAACAAGGGUAUCUGAUUGGUGAUUUCUCCAACGUGUGUGUGCUGCCGACGGUGUCAGGAAAACACCAAGAUCUGAAGUACGUCACCCCGGACACAGUGGCUGAUUUACUGUCUGGAAAGUUCCAGGAUCUGGUUGAGAAGUUUUAUAUCAUCGAUUGCCGCUAUCCGUAUGAGUACCUGGGAGGACACAUCCUGGGAGCCUUAAACCUGUACAGUCAGAAGGAACUGCAUGAGUUCUUCCUGAAGAAGCCUGUUGUCCCUCUGGAUGGCCAGAAAAGAAUCAUCAUUGUGUUCCUCUGUGAAUUCUCCUCAGAGCGAGGCCCCCGAAUGUGCCGUUCUCUGAGAGAAAAAGACAGAGCUUUGAACCAGUACCCGGCAUUAUACUACCCAGAGCUGUAUAUCCUCAAAGGGGGCUACAGAGACUUCUUUCCAGAAUAUAUGGAGCUGUGUGAACCACAGAGCUACUGUCCUAUGCACCACCAGGACCACCAGGCUGAGCUGCUCAGAUGGAGAAGCCAGAGCAAAGCGCAGGAAGAGGAGCGGCAGCUUUGGGAGCAGAUUGCCAUCCUGGUGAAGGAUGUGAGGCCAUGAUAGUGGGUAUGACAGUGGCCAUGAAGUCGCCAGAAGACAAUGGAGAUGCCAAACAGAAAGAGUCAUCUAUGCCGCUAACCCUAUGAUUGUUAAGCUGCAAACAUUGGGGAUAGUCAGGCACGGUGCAACACCUUUAGUCCCAGCACUCAGGAGGUAGAGG